AUGUCUGCACCCAAGUUGUUGUUUCUACAUGGAUUCCUUCAAAAUGCCAAAGUGUUCUCUGAAAAAUCGUCUGGUAUCAGAAAGCUGCUGAAAAAAGCCAAUGUCCAGUGCGACUACAUUGAUGGCCCCACGACUUUGGAGAAGAAAGACCUGCCCUUUGAACUAGAUGACGAAAAAUGGCAGGCAACAGUGGACGCGCAGCUGAACAAGUCGUGGUUCUACCAUUCAGAGAUCUCGAAGGAAUUGGACCUGACGCAGGCGAUCCAGGCUGUCUCAGACCACAUCAAAUCCGAGGGACCCUAUGACGGUAUUGUCGGCUUUUCCCAGGGUGCAGCUGUGGCCGCAAUCGUUACAAACAAAAUCACAGAACUUGUGCCCGACCACCCACCUUUCAAAGUGAGUCUGAUAUUUUCUGGCUACUCGUUCACCGAACCUGACCCCCAAAACGAGGGCCAGCUCCGCAUCACCGAAAAGUACCAAGACAGCUUCACCCCUGCACCAAACAGCCCCACAAAGGUGCUAUUUGUGUGGGGUGCCAGCGACAUGGCCGUUCCAGCCACUAGAUCCAAGUUCUUGUACAACAUCUACACAGAAGGAAAAGAGUCCACAGACCUUGUAAAGAGCUACGAGCACCCAGGUGGACAUAUGGUGCCUAACAAGAAGGACAUUUUGAGACCCAUCGUGGACGAGAUCUCUGCCGCUCUAGAGACUUAA